CCAUACAUGAACAUUAUUUUGGCUACGGCACCUCUUGCUUGCAGUCUGUAACUACCAAAUGCCUCUUUUUUCAAGAAUUCUAAUAUUCCUCCACCCAUAAAUCUCAUAUCAACUUCUCUAACACAAGAAAACACUGAUUCUUUCCACUUUUGCAUGUACGCUAAAUCAAGUCAUUUAAGGCAAGGAAGCUGUAUCAUCUUCUUCACAUUGCCAUCAUCUUAGAGCUUCUCAAGUUCCGUGAAGUCGGAUAUUUUGUACCUGCUCGCUCAAGAGAAGAGGGUUUCAGACUUCAAAUUCAGAACUAAUUUUGGGAGAUGGGAGCCAGAGUUAUUCGCACUUUCGUUAUUAUUCUCCUGUGUCAACUCCUAAGUUCAGGUUCAGCAUUAGUAGAAAAUCCUCCUUCAGAAGUAAUCUGGCAAAAUGGAGAGUGGAUUCAUGAAGUGAACCAAUCAUUCCCAGAGGUUUCAGAAUACACUUCCCAACUUGAUACGAUACCAAUCAUCAACCCUACAACACCCACAACGACGGCGCCUAUUAUAAACCCAAUAAAUCCCCCAUCACCAACCACGACGACUCCUUCAUUUAACCCCGUGCCACCAAUCAUAAUCAACCCCAUGCCACCAACCACGACGACUCCUUCGUUCAACCCUGUGCCACCAAUCACAAUCACCCCCUUGCCACCAACCGUGACCACAACUCCAACAAGUCCAACUACAACAACUCCUGCAUCCUCUGGCGGAUCUUGGUGCGUCGCAAAUCCAACUGCUUCAGAAACUGCAUUACAGGUAGCUCUGGACUACGCUUGUGGUUAUGGAGGUGCAGAUUGUUCUGCAAUUCAACCAGGUGCCACUUGUUACAAUCCAAACACCCUUCGGGAUCAUGCUUCAUAUGCUUUCAACGACUACUACCAGAAGAACCCUGCACCCACUAGCUGCGCUUUUGGGGGAGCAGCACAACUUUCCAACAAUGACCCAAGUUCUGGAAGCUGUCGUUUUUCCACGCCAAAGACCACCACAAGCAUAAGUCCGCCACUCAACCCUUCACCGAUCUAUCCAACUCCAACCUCUCCUAGUGCACCAACAGGAUUCGACUCUAUGCCUAGCCCACCAACAGGAUUCGACUCUAUGCCUAGCCCACCAACAGUUGAUGGUACAGAACCAUCAGGCUUCGGUGGAGAGCCAACAGAAUCACCCAACUCGGCCGAUUUCACAUCAUUCAACUCAAUGGUUUUAUUCAUAAUGACCUCUCUGGUAGUAUCACUGAUUGCAGAAGAGUUCUAACUUCUAAGCAGAAAUGAAGCUUAGUAGCACCGCCACUUUAUGGCAUCUUACCCAGCAGCCUGCAGUACUUACAAGUUUUUACAGAGGCAUCACUCGUUGAACAAUGAGAUAUACCGCAAAAUUUAGUCAGACUGGAAGACAGAUAAAUUCAAGAGCAUAACAUCCAGAGGGUUCAUUAUAGCUACUCUUACUUCAGUUAACAGGAUAAAAGGACAAAUCAUUUUUAGGGCUGUAUUUAGAGUAGAGCAUGUAACAACUAUCAACUGACUUGAUAACCAGGAUAGAAACAAACUUCUGAAUUUUUUUUCACUUCAA